AUGUUGGAUUCGACAAAAGUCAGUCCAUAUCGAGAUGUAAACGGAGAAGGGGUUGGUAAGGAGGACCAGUUAGCUCUUGACGUGAAGGGUUUAAAUUUAAAUGACCAAGCCACAGGGAAGAAAGCACAGACUUUUACCUUUGAAGAGCUUUCAGUUGCUACAGGAAACUUUAGAUCGGAUUGUUUUCUCGGUGAAGGAGGUUUUGGUAAAGUCUUCAAGGGAACUUUAGAGAAACAGGAUCAGGUUGUUGCAAUCAAGCAACUUGAUCAUCUCCCUUCUGGUAAAAAAACACUUGAUUGGAACACCCGGAUGAAGAUUGCAGCUGGUGCAGCCAGAGGACUAGAGUAUCUGCAUGAUAGGAUGAAGCCACCUGUGAUCUACAGGGAUCUUAAAUGUUCGAAUAUCUUGCUCGGUGAAGACUAUCAACCGAAACUAUCAGACUUUGGGUUGGCUAAAGUUGGACCAAGCGGGGAUAAAACCCAUGUCUCCACAAGGGUUAUGGGAACAUACGGAUACUGUGCUCCUGACUACGCUAUGACGGGCCAGCUCACGUUUAAAUCCGAUAUAUACAGCUUUGGAGUAGUCCUUCUGGAGCUUAUCACCGGAAGGAAAGCAAUUGAUAAUACAAAAGCGCGUAAAGAUCAGAAUUUGGUCGGAUGGGCACGACCAUUGUUCAAAGACAGGAGGAACUUCCCGAAAAUGGUCGACCCAUUGCUUCAAGGACAGUACCCGGUAAGAGGACUGUACCAAGCACUUGCGAUUUCAGCAAUGUGCGUUCAAGAGCAGCCAAGCAUGAGGCCUGUUGUAUCCGAUGUAGUGUUGGCUCUCAACUUCUUAGCCUCUUCUAAAUAUGAUCCGAAUAGCCCUAGCAGCAGCAGCAGGAGGAACACUUCUUUUCGCAGAGAUAUAGAUGAUGAGGAGAAAAGACCAGAGCUCGUCAAGGAAACCGAAUCCGAUGAUUAUAAGCCGUUAAGAAACGACACCGAUCAGAGUACGCUUCACAAAUCUCUCCUCUCUUCUUUCUCUCUCUACUGGAUUGUGCGACUCUUGAGAGAGAAGACAACAAUGACGGAAAGAUCGUUCUCUCAGCUCCCGAUCUCCUCUUCUCACGGUGGCAGGAGGACGCUAAACACCAGGAGAGGGAUUUUUCCGGUAUCGGAGUAUUGGAUCCACGCGAUUCCGGUGAUCAUCUUCGUCUGCUUCUUCACCCUCUGGUUUUUCUCCCACUCAGUGAGCUUGGACAUGAACGAUGGAGAGACAAUGUCCGUUCAUCGCCUUGAGAAAUCCAUGGCCGUGAGAAACGAGUCUCAUGUCAGUUUGGCGAUUCUUGCUUCCUCUGCCGUUUCCCCAGUCUCCGCCAAUCAGAAUCUGACAGCUCAUCAUCAAAACGCAACCCAAUCGCACAAUGCAACUGAUAAGCCUGAGCUUCGUAACUGGCAAGAAAAAGGGAAGAAGGGGAAAAAGGUGACGAAGAGCAAAGUUAGAAAAGAGAGAAGUGAGAAAGAAAUCAGAAAGCUUCCAUCGGUGGUAAAAGCAAAGCAGCCACUCGCCGGCUAA